GGGGACUUCCCCGGCUCUUCUCCUAAGCGCUGGCUCAACAUUCCUCGUUCUGACUGGGGAAGAAGAGGCGGAGGAAGCCCAGGUUGCUAUGGCAACGGAGGAGUCCUUCACUCCUCCGCCCCAAAACCUCGCGAUGGGGCCGGAAUCCCUCCGAAAGCCCCAGACCCACAAGGCAAAGAUAUGUAUGUGGAAAUAUCUAGACGUUCACAGCAUGGAUCUCAUCAACAAGGCUGAGACCACGGAUAUCCUGAAAAGCCUCCUUGCUGAUCUCCUCAAUCUGCAAGAUUUUGAAUCUAAUCCCCGCUCUGCCAUCUUACUAGAUCUGUACUUUUACACCAUCCAGUUCAGUCGGGAGCAGGGUUUUAACCGGGAACAAACCUCAGCCUUCUUCUCAAUUGUGAAGGAUGUACACGAGGCCUGUAUAGAAACACCACUGCCCAAUGUGGAGGAAUGCUACAACUAUUUCACUGAAUUGGUUUUCUGCCACUCCAUUCGGAGGCCCCCUUUCAGCAUCGAUCUCUUCAAUCAGGACCAACUGGUGCUCAUAACAGACUAUGUGAUCAACACCUACUUCCGUCACUACAAACUUUAUAAAUACGCUUUUACUCCACAGGUCCGGUUGGACAUAUCGUUUACCUAUAUUGGGAUGCCUGAACCAGAGCCAAAAGAUGAAGAAGCCGUGGCUGAGAUCACAGAGGCGGGUUUGUCACCUGUGCCGGAGGAACCAGAGGAGACAGCUGUGCAAGAAGAAAGUCCCACUGCUGCGUUGCGGGAGUACAUUUCAACCCAACUCAACCAGGAGCUCUCCCAGCUGCGCCUGUCCAUGGAACAGCGUUUAAAGAUGACAGAGGAGCAGUUUAAUGCCAAGCUGGUCCAACUGGAGAAGAGUUCCGGUACUGGCAAAGGGAGCAGCAAGGGCAAGAAAAAAUGAGCUGCAUGGGGAAUGAGAGAG